AUGGGCUCGGAGAAGCCCAACUUUUUGUCGCAGCCGGUGGUGAAGAACGUUUUCAUGUUCCGCAACGGUGACCCGCACUACGAUGCUCGUCGGAUAGUGAUUAACCAAAAGAGGGUGUCCAACUUCGACACGUUGCUGAGAGAGGUGUCCGGCGGGAUCCAGGCCCCGUUCGGAGCGGUGAGGAACAUCUACACGCCCAGAGGAGGCCACAAGGUGGACUGUCUGGAGAGCCUGCGGAGCGGGGAGCAGUACGUCGCUGCCGGGAGGGAGAGGUUCAAAAAGCUGGAUUACAUCCACAUUGGAUCUAGAAAGAGGAGGUUGCUGCAGACUCUUCCGAUGCAUGCCAAACCGCUGCCACCGACUCGAAUCAUUGUGUCGGCUCGAUUCCUGAAACCCAUCAAGGAGCCAUGUACAAUAUUCGUGGUAGCCAAUGGCGACGUGCUGAACCCUGCAGUGAGGCUGCUGAUCCACCAGAGGAUGCUGGGCCAGUUUGAACGGAUAUUAGAGACGAUCACAGAGAAGAUGGGUCUGAAAGUCCUGGGGGGUGUUCGAAGUCUCUUCACCUACGAAGGCCACCAGGUGACUGAAGGGAGUCAGCUGGAGAGCGGUCAGCUGUAUGUGGCUGUAGGAAGAGACAGGUUUAAGAAGCUGCCGUACAGUGACCUACUCUUCAGCAAGCCAAGAGGGACCAGGAGGGUGAAUGGAGUGAAAGCUUACACUCUCCCACCUAUCUACAGAUUCUCCAAGCAAAAUGGAAACAGCAAGUCCGUAGUCCGGUGCAGUGAUAGUGGAGAUGGAGACUUCAAGGCGUCCCCUCCAGGCCACAAUGGAAACAACAAGGAACACCUGUCGUCCAUCGUCAGAGAAAUCUCUCAAGCCAGACUCCUCUCUCUCAGGAAGAAGAGGAGCGGACAGAGCAUGACCCUCACCGUCUCUGACCACGAUGACCAGGAAUCAAAGGCUGAUGAUGGAAACACUGAUGACAAAGCCCCUCAAGAGCAGCCGGCUGAAGAGAAACCUGCAGAUGAUGAUUCAAUAGCUGCAGAGGAGAAUAGCGAAAAGUCAGAAGAGCAGAAACCUCCAGACGAAGAUUCAGAAGCUGCAGAGGAGAACAGCGAAAAGUCAGAAGAGCAGGAGGAAGCUGCUGCUGAGAUCACCAAAGAAGAAGAAGAAGAAGAAGAAGAGGAUGCUUCUGCCAGCAAAGCAGAUCAGGAGGAAAACCAGGAGACAAACGGUGAAAGAGAGGGGGAUGAAGAGAAGAAGGGAGAUGUAGAGCCAAGUGAAAAAGAGGAGGAAGCAACAGCAGAACCUGAAGAGAAAGAGGACGAGAACAAGGAGGAGGUUGAGAGCAAGGAGGAGGUUGAGAACAAGGAGGAGGUUAAGGCUGAGGAGCAGAGGUCCAGCGGUAGCAACAGUGAUAAGAGCCAGGACAGUGCAGAGAAAGAGGAUGGAAGUCAUGCAUCUUCUGAGGGUGAAAAGGACGAGCAGGGCAAACACGCAGAAGAGGAGAAGCAAGAUAAAGUCAGCGAAGAGGGGGAGAAAAACAGUGAGGACGAGAAUAAUGAUGUAGACGUAGAGGAGGAACAGAAGGCGACGAAGAACGACAGCGACCCAGAGAAGACUCAGUCAGAUAACGAGACAAAAGAUGGCGAUAACGACCAAAGCAGCAGUGGCAACAGUAACCAGGAGGAAGAUGUGAGCGAGACAAAAGAGGAGGCCACCAAAGGGUCAGGGAAAGAGGAGAGGAAGGAGAACGGAGAGGUCGGGGGGGCAGAAGAUGACGAGCUGGAGAGCGAAUUGGAGCUGGACACAGAGGACACAAAUUCAGCCGGACCCAAGGAUACGGCAGCAAACGGAGAGACAGGAGAGGGUCUGCUUGAUGAGUCAUCAUAA